AUGGCCAUCUACUUCGCCUUGGUCCAGGAGGUAGAAAUCGAGAACGUCGGUCUUUGCGAGCCUCAUGAAAAUGGGUCUGCGCCCACGUCUGUCGCGGCUUCCAUGUUGGAAGACGUACACAAUGAGGACGAUGAGAUUGUCGCAAGAGACAGUGUCGGUGUCGCUUACGCUGGCAUAGAUACGACCAGCUCCUUUUUACAAACAUUCGUUCUAGCCAUGAUCACACAUCAGUCGGUGCAAGAGAAAGCUCAAGCAGAGGUCGAUCGCGUUAUCGGCGUCGAUACUCUACCGACCUUCAAACAUCGAGACCAACUGCCAUACAUCGAUGCACUGAUCAAGGAGUGCAUGCGUUGGGGAGUUAUUCUUCCCAUGGGCGUGCCGCACCAGGCAACGAGUGACGAUGUAUAUAAAGGGUAUCAUAUCCCUCAGGGCGCUCUCGUGAUGGCCAACAGCUGGUCGAUACUGCACAACUCGGAAAUCUAUCCUGACCCGGAAGUCUUCAGGCCAGAGCGCUUUCUCGAGGACGGAUGCAAGGACUAUAGUGACUUCGCAUUUGGCUACGGAAGACGGGUGUGUCCAGGUAAAUGGUUCGCUACAGAGGCCGUGUGGGCGGCCGUCGUAUCGAUAUUGGCAUCUUUCGACAUUGUGCCGUCAAUGGAUGAGGAGGGAAAGCUAAAGUCUGUCACUGUGGAUUGCACUGUUGGCGCAGUUUCGAUGCCCGUUCCCUUUGAUUUCGACCUGCGCGUCAGGUCAGCGAGUAUGAAGGAGUUACUCGCGGAAUUGUAG